AUGAGUAGCAACGGGAAUCAGGUGCCGUUGGCGCCGAGUCAGCGAGGACCCGGAUCUUAUCCACGGGCGUCAACACCACACAGACCGGUGGAAUGUUACCACCCAUCAGGCGCCGCUGGAGCUGGUUAUAUGCCGAGCUCAUCCGGUGGCGCGCAGCCCUCGGCGCAGGCUUCGCUGAGAGUCCAGCCGACACCGCAGCCAUCGGCACCGCCGGCACCACAACAGGACAUGUCCAAAACAACCAUGGCUGGCCAUAGUUACGUUACUCAGAACCAAACACAGCCAACUCGACCGCAGUUUACCAACUACCCGUAUAGAACAGCGCAGCAUGGCACGAGGCCCAAUACCCAUCCUAGACAGCAACAGCCCUACAUCCCUAACGCUGCUGCCACUGCAUCACCGCCUGUUAUGUAUCCAACGUUAGUAUUUCAACCUACGCCGAUGGGGAUGCAAAGUUUCCAGCCGCCUAGAUCGAGUACACCGGGGUACUACCCGUAUAUGGGAUAUAUUAACUAUAAUACACCACCGAGUCACACUCCUCCAUAUUUUUAUACGUCGAACAAUCCGCAGCUGCCAACGCCAAAUUUACAAGCCAGCACUCCAGGUGGUAGAAGUAAUCCCACUACUUUGGUGGGACCACAGGGUACACCUGCAACUCCCACUGCGCCCACUGCCACGCUUCCUCACCCACAAGCUUCUACACUCAUGCACCAAACUAUGCCUGGUAUUCGCUCAUCCGCUCCAAAAAGAAGCCAUAGGGUCCCAAUCAUAGACCCUAAAACAAAACAAGAUAUAUUCUCUGAUUUAUAUACUAACGACAGUAACUAUAUAAGCAACGAAGCUAAUGAUCGCCACACCCCUCUGCCCGAGCCAACACACAGUAUUCCCGAAGAAUUUAAUAGAAUGGUCAAGGAAGUAGCCAAUCAACCUUCUUGUGAUAACUCUAUUAAAUCGAAUUAUGUAACAAAUAAUGUGGAUGUACCUGCUGCAUCGACGCCAAGUUCUGUCCAAAGCCAGCCAAUUGCAGUUAAUUCAUUAAAUAAUAACAUUGUGAAGUCUGAAGUAUUAACUGUUAACGAAAAUAAACAUUUAGGACCUGAUGUUGCCGGAGAAACCAAUGAUACUCCAAUAGUAUCAGCAAUAUCAGACAGUCCUGUUAUAGUGCCUAAAAUGCCUAUGAAUAUUAAGCAACUACAAAAGAAUAGUGAACCCUUAGUUCAACCUGUAGUUCUAGAUACGAAUAAGAAUUUACCAACAAGUAAACCAUUUAAACCAAGCAAAAAUGUGCCUCAACUUGAUGAUUUAGAACAGCCACAAGAAAAUAUUAUACAAGUACCAAUAGCAACAGUAGCACCAAUUUCGAGCUCGACAGUGAUUACGUCUACUGUCACACCUGUGCCUGCUUCAACAGAAACUGCAACAGCUAGUGAACCGGCAACGCCCGUUCCUAUUUCUACUCCCGCGCCACAACCGCAGAGAAUAAGAGAACCCAGGGAAAGAGUCAAAUCUGAAGAGAAAGAAAAAGUCAAAGAGCGAGAGUCGCAAGAAAAAGAGGCUGCAUCUGCGUCUAAUAAGCUUAAUGGCCCGACACCACCUUUAGUGAUUAGUUCCAUUGAUAGCUUGGCAGAAGCUAUCAUCCUUCCAACUAGUCAAAAUAAUCAAGGAUUAGGUGUGGAGGCUGCAAAGAAACUAGCAAUUAAGCAGAUUUCUCCAGCCCUUGAGGCUGAAACUACUGCUACCAUAGCAUCCAAUGUUGAACUUGUCAAGAGUGAUCCUAUUGUUGAAAGUCCUCCUACUGCCACACAAUUGUUGUCUGCUAGUAUAGAAAAAGUUGCUAAAGAACAGUUUUCAAAGGCACCGGAACUUAAAGAAGGAUCAAGUGCGAUAGAAGCUCAAGCUAAAUUAACACAGAGUAUAUCUAGUGUUCUGCGCACUAAUCAAUCUGAUUUUAAAAUGAAAGAUAUUAACCUUAAUAAUAAGACUACAGAUCCAGAUACUGCCAAUGGAAACACAACAGAGACAACUAAAGCUGAAACUGUUAGAGAAGAUAUAAACAAAAAUGAGAAGGGAUUGAAAAAUAACAAGAACAACAAUAAGAAGUCUAAUAAUAAAAUGGCGAAUAAUGAGUCAAAUGUUAAAGAAGUCGAGUCAUAUGAAAAUGGUAAAAAUGAGACUGAUAAAGUAGUUAAUGUAGAAAAAGAUAAUAUCCAGCCUGACGAUGAAGUGGCUGCCCCUACGCCUGUGCCAGAAGAACCUGUGAAGAAUGAACCACCGGCACCACAAAUUUUUGUGCCUAAAUACAAAUAUAAUGAAGAUCAAUGGUCUCCACUUAACACAGCUGGCAAAAAAUGCUAUGAUAUUGAUUUGCUGAAGCAAAUAAAAGAUGAUCCGCUUUCGAAGAAUAAGCCCAAUGUUCCAUUAUUGGAACAUUGUAAUGUCAUCAGGACAACACCAAUGCAAGAGCCACAGCCCUUCACACCUAUGUCGAGGCCUAUGAAUGAUUCUCUGUUUCCUCCAUUUGCCAAGAAUUCUGGUAUGGGUUCCAGGAGUAACGCUCCUCGGGAAACGAAGAAAGACUCAAGAAAUGCUGCUCCAGCUGGUAAAGGAAGUGUCAAACUUCCUCCAAAUCCAAACAGCAACAGCCCUCAUAAACCUGUUAUUCAUGUCUCACUAUCGUUACGAGAGGAAGUGAAACUUAAUGAAGUAGACUCUGCGUGGAAACCUACUAGAUUCCGUAAAGAUUCUAUAAAUGAAGAGGAGUACAGAACACAGGAACUGUACAAAAAGUUCAGAGGAAUAUUGAACAAAUUAACACCGCAAAAGUUUGACACUCUUUUGGAGAGAGUCAAAACAUUGGAAAUUAACAAUCAGAAGCGUUUGGAAGGUGUGAUUGAUUUGGUCUUUGAGAAGGCCAUUGAUGAGCCUAACUUUUCUGAGGCAUAUGCUGCCAUGUGUCACAAGUUGUCUGUUUUGAAGGUACCUGCAGAUAACCCGACGAUGCCUGACAAGUGUGUCAAUUUCAGAGCUCUCAUAAUUAAUAAAUGUCAAAAUCAAUUUGAGACUCAUAAAGUUGAUGAGCAGAUAUUAAAACUGGAGAGUGAACUUGCUGCUACUAAUGAUCCUCUCAAGAAAAAGGAACUCCAGCUCAUGAUUGUGGAGGAAAAUAGACGUGUAAGGAUGAGGUCUGUAGGAAAUGUGAGAUUUAUUGGUGAAUUAUACAAAUUGAAAAUGUUGACAUCAAAAAUUAUGGACUAUUGUAUGAAAUAUUUAAUUGAUAAAGUUGAAGAAGAAAAGCUUGAGUGCCUGUGUAAAUUGCUUACAACUAUCGGUGAACAAGUGGAGAGUGAACCUAACACUCAACUUGAUAACAUUUUCAAGAAAAUGAAGGAGAUUGUCGAUCGCAAGUCCAACAAAAUAAGCAGUCGCGUCAGGUUUAUGCUUCAAGAUGUUAUUGAACUGAGAGACCGUAAAUGGGUAGCCAAGACAGUUAUUGAUUCACAACCUAAAAUGAUGGAUCAAAUUCAAAAAGAAGCUGAACAACAGCAACGUCACAUUGAGCUUAUGAAUGCUAACCCUAUGGGUGGAUUCCGACGUGACGAAGGUGGCCGUGGCAAGCGAGGCGACAGCCGAAGACAGAACGCCAACAAUUCAUUUAUUGAUAACAAUUGGAAAUCUAGAAAUACUUACACUGUUGACACUAGUAAACUGAAAGCUGUGACACAAAAGAAUUUGCAUAAUAUUAAAUUAGCUCCGCAAAAUUCAGCUUGGCAUCAUGGAUCAGGUACAAAGAAUACUGCGCAGGCGAGUAGUAGUCCAAUGAUCAGUAUAAGCAAAAAUAUGUACAGUGUUUUAGAGAAUGUACAAACUGAUCCUACAUCACUAAGAGGUAAUCGGGAUAUGACUCCUAAUUUCUCCAAAGGGGCCUCUAUCGAAAGGUCUACAUUUAACUCCAGAGGUGACUUCACAGCGAGUGGAAGUAGCAGCCGUUCUGGGUCGGUGGGCGUCGCACGCUCUAACUCUGGCACUCGAAGUACGAGUGCCGCACCAACCACUCCGCCAGUAGUAAACGAUACGCCAGCACCAGCACCCGCUCCCGCUCCAGUUCCUCAAGAGCCUCUGCCUGAGGCUAAGAAAAAAUCUAUCAAAUCUAUGAUAGAUCUUUGUAUUAUUAAUUCAGACGAAGUUGAAUUGGUUGCUGAUGUUAAGCAGCUGUACGAAGCUAAAUAUCACGCGGCUGUGGUUAACGAAAUUCUACAAAUCGCUGUAGAAAAGGCAGCAAAAGAGAUUGCACUUAUAUCUAAAGCGUUGCUCCAUUUGGUGACUUCAAAUACCAUAUCUGCUGAUAAUUUUGUGGCGGGUAUCAAAGAAAUACUAGAAUUUGCGCCUGAUUUGUUCAUAGAUAUUCCUAUGUUGUAUGAGAAUUUAGGAAAAAUUAUUGCUCCCCAAAUCGAAAAGAAGCAUAUCACAUUUGUACAGGUAUUUAGGCUUUGUGAUGUAAUCAUUUCUGCUAAUCAUGGGCCUCUAUUUUUGAAAGCCGUUAUUAGAGAGCUCAUAGAAAGUAUGGGACCUUCCUUUGUUAAAAGCAAAUGGCAAGAGUCAGGCCUUCAAGUUAAACAAUGGAUGGAUGAAAAACAGGUGACGAAGUGGUUAGAAGACAAUAAAUUCGAAUUUUUGGAAGGAGACACGAAGGUUAGCGAAGAAGCGAAAAAAAUCAUGACACCAGCUCAAACUCAAGCCAAAUUAAUUCAACUCAUGAAUGCUGAUGAGAGUUGUGAAUGUAUAAAAGGAUGGAUUCAGGAUAAACUCAGCAGUUUUACUAAUGAAGAUUGGUUUAUGCGAGCACUAAUCCAAGCAAUAUGCGAACAUGCACUUUUCGGUGCUGAAGGACGCGAUGUACCACACUUCAACCAAGACCGCAUGAAUAAAUAUGCGAGUCUGAUACAUGACUUUGGUGAAACAAAACAGUCAAGAGAAGCGAGCUGUUUAUUUGGUAUACAGCAACUUAUUCGAAGGCUAGAACACCCACAAGGCUUAACUUUAGAGAUAUUCCAAUAUCUACAUGAACAAUAUAUUAUUUCACUAGAUGGGUUUAUAGCGUGGGAAGAAUCUGAAAAAGAGCCAGAAGGAAAAGGUGUAAUGAUGAAGGCGUUGACCUCGUUCUUUACGAACAUCAAGGAGGCCGACAAUGAGGACUCAUGCAGCGAGGACUGA